UUUGAAAGCUCUGUGACAUUUUCUCCAGUGAAUAUUCAGAUCAGUGCUAACAAGACAAAGGUUUUCAUUUUUAUAUAUCGGGGUUUAUGAUUCAGAUAUACCAGUUACCAGUUCUGAUACUGCUUCUUGUGGUGUAUUUACUAGUUGAAGGAAAUGAUUUACUCAGUCAAUACAGACCCAAUCCAGAAUGGCCCCAAGAACUAAACAACUUUUUAUUAGAUGUUCAACGGCACAAGAAUGACUUUGCGUUCAUAAGGAAUGUUGCUGCAAAAAGAAAAAAUUACGAAAAACAAUAUGCUGAAAAUAAACUUCUCCUGAAUGAAGAUCUUGAAGAUGACUCGCUUCAACGAGAUUAUCAAAAACCUACGCAAUAUGAACAGAAGAAAAAACACAAUAAGGGAUUAGCCAGUCUUAACCGGGAUACGUCAUUUGAUUUUGAUGAAAAAUAUAGCAAAUUUAUUCACAGCCCAAUAAGGCUGAGAAGAGGGUUAGAUGUAAAAGUAGCUCACGACAGUUCAUUGGGCGAGAUAAAAAGACCUGGCAGAAAAAUUCCAAACAAUGAAAAUAUACUUAUCGUAGAUAAAAAUGCGAAACUGUCUGGCUUGACUGACAGCGAAAAUAAUGAGCAAAAAAUAAAAAGAGAUGUUGAAAUAAAUAUUAAGAGUGAUGGACAGCUUAUUAAGAAAAUAGAUGAAGUUGAAAGUGCCCCAAAAUCUAUAAUACUUAACAUCAAAUCUGGUGGUAGCGGUCCCGCUAGCGGUUCGUCUGAAAACCUGUCACCGAUCAAACCAGAAAGUCAGUCCUUAUUUUUGAAUCAUGCUAUACAACCUGCCGUCAGUACCUCUCCGGCUCAGUCCAAUGAUUUUAGUUACAUACCCUCUGUUAAUUCAAGAUCGAAUCUCAACCAGAAUAUCAAUGUGCCGGUACCGAUCAAUCCGAUGCCGAAUAGUUUUGAUUCUAGUCGCAAAGAACAAAUUGAUCAAUCAAGCUUUCAGAAACCAGAAAUGGCACAAGAUAAAACAUCGGUGGAUAGAUCUAACGAUCUGCCUAUGUUAAACAAGCAAUUCAAUGAAAAUAGCAAAUCUAUGGAAAGAAACUUCGAUUCGAAAAGUAUUGUGAAUAAUCGGAUGGAAAAUGUUAUUGACACUGCUCUGAAUAGUGAUCAUGGUUUUGAGCGUACUGAGAAUAAAGAACCAAGCUUUGAAUCAAACAUAAAUGCAGGAAAAGAUGAUACAGAAUUUGACAGAGUUCAGGGACUAGUCAUGGAAAAUAAUAAUGCAAAUAACAAUAACAAUGUUCCUGAAAAUAAACUUAAGAAUUCCCCUAAAAAGAAGCGUUAUGAAGACAUAUCUAUCGAUAAAAACGAAAGUCUUGUUAACGUGGAAUUAGAAAAUUUAGACAGUGCAAUUAAUAGUCUUGGAAUUGGACAUUCUGAAAAUGCAGUAGAACAGCACGAACAUACAACAGCGGAGAAUGCCGAUUUUCACGUAAAUAAUAUUUACCCCCCGGAACAAAAGAAUGAACACCAUCCACAUAAAGAGAGAAACGAUAGAUUUCACAUUAUAGAAGAAGCCACAAAAGACGUAUACAUAAUUCCGGUCACUGAAUGUCCAGUUGAAGAUAGCGGAAAGGAGGAUGCAGAUAUGGCCGAGGAAGAAAAGAAAGAAGAAAUGAUGAUGUCACAUGCCAUUGAAAAGGAAGAAAAAGAACAACCACGACACGAAGCAGAAAAAGAAGAAAUCACAUGUGAAAAUAUUUUAGUGGAAGAAAACAAUGAUGCGGAAAAUAAUGAAAAUCAAGAAGAGGAGGAAGAUGAAGAAGAAUAUUCGAAAGAAGUAAAAAAACACAAGAAAACAGAUCACGAGAAUGAAGCAAUUUUAGCAACCGAAAAAAGAGAGUCUUCUAAAAAUGAAAAUAGCGAGACGAGGGACAAGAAACACCUUCCACCUGUACCAAAGUACAAAAGAAAACACAUUAGACAACAUCAGCCAAGAACGAAAGUGCCCAGUGAAGAGCGACUCGCUAGAUCUUUUUAUCGUGACGAUGGUCCAGAAGAAGCGUUUGAUUUUAUCCCGUCGCUAAAUCAGAGGACUCUGAAAUCAGUCAAUUAUGAUUAUGAUCCCAACUUGCUCACCGGGUUCGAUAGUAAUGAUCAAGAAAAUAUAAUUCGGGACACAAAAGAACUAUUGGAUAGCCUUCAAUCACAAGACGACUAUGAAGAUUUAACGAAAAAUGGCGAAGUUCGUGAUAAGAAGGCAGCACUAAAAUAUAAACAUGUAAAGAAAAAAGAAAAAAAGUCAAAGAAACGUAAACACAAAAAUAGAAAGGAUAGGGAAGUUCCAAUUCCAGAAUAUAUGUUCCACUAUUAUGAUCCGUUUCAAGUGGGAUAUAUGAAAAGGAAGUUAAGUUCUUUAGAUUACGAGUAUAACCCCGAAGUUAUUGAUGAUAGUGAAAUAAAUAAGCAUAUGAGCAGUGAUAUGAAUACGGCUAAAGAUAACGCAGGCAUUAGGAAGAAAAUGAAAUCAGAAGAUGACUAUGGAGAUGAAGAAGAGGCAGAACCUCACGAGGAAAAAGAUAAAGAUAAAGUAAAUCUACAUAAAACAACAGAAGAAAAUGACGAUCAAUAUAAUUAUUCAGAAAUAGAACCGCUCAACGAUCACGAUAAAUCGUCUUUAAAAAAGUUGCAUCGGUCAAAAAAGAACCACAAUAAAGUUGGAGCACACCGAGGACAAAGUGCUGGAUCUAAGAAAAUUAAAAUGAAGAAAAAGAAGAAGCCCGGUAAACCUCAAGGAAGUGUAAAAGGUUAUGCACUGCCAAACAAACAUCUUAGGAAACCGCAUCAUCAUUUGAAUGACAGACCGUUAACAGCCGAAGAGAAACAAGAUAUAUUUCUUAGAUAUAAUCCAGAAUUUCAGAGAUGGCCCAGAUUUGUUCAAAAUAAUCCGUACAAAGGUAAACAAGUCAUGGAAAAUGAUCAAAUACUACGAAAUUCUUACAAUCGUUUUCCAAUUUCCAAUGAGUACUAUUUGAGUCCUAAAAGAGAGGAAUUCGUGAAAAGAGAGAAUGAAGCUUCCGCACCGGGAGCGAUGACAACCAUGAAGCAAGAACAGGAACAAACAAUAGCAAAAGAGCUUACAACCAGUGCUAUUGUCGAACAGUCAGAUGCAAAUCCACCCAAAGCUGCAGCUGAAUCACAAAAGCCAGACCAAUCAGUUAAUGCAAACGGUAUUGAAACCGGCACGCUGCCACCUGCGGCAAAAGAUAUCCUGGAGACCGCUGAAUCGGACUUAUUUGAAAAUACUACUGUUCCAGAGUUUUCAGAUAUGAAUGCUCAAAAUGGAAAUAAUUCAAUUGCUGCCUUGACACCACUUGUUUUUACUACAAAUGCCGAGGAUUUGACUGAAGAUAAUGAGUGCGUUAGUCAUGUUCAACCUACGGUUUGCCCUGACGACAACGUUAGCCAUGUUCCCGUUACAAUGACAACAAUAUUAUCUAUUGCAUCAGAGGAUAUGGCAUUAUUGAGAUCAAAUGCAAGUAAAGAAGAUUAUUUGGACUUAAACGAAAUACUUCAAGGUUCACUUCCAAGAGAGAUUGUAUCGCAAAGUUUUUCAAAUGCAAAAGGGAAUCUUAGAAAAGGACUUAAUACAAAAAAAUACAAUACGAAUCUGAGAUUAUCAUCAUAUAAUAGUGGCGCGGAAACAAAAAUGAUACUGAACGAAAUGUCAAAUCUGAUGACGAAAUUAAGAUAUCACACUUCCUGUCAGCAGUUACCGCCAGAUUUAAAAUCGUACCUGAAAGUUAUAACUGGAAACAACAUGGAGAGUACUAUGGAUAAAAUAAAAGAAAUGGAGGACGUUGAUUUCGAUGAUCACCAAAGCACGUACGUUUUCCACACCGGUGAUACUGACACUGUUCAGAGCAAGGCAGCCACCCUGAAGGAAUUGCUGGUCAAAUUCGACAACUUACCGGCCGAUUGUAGAGAACGCGCCGAGCCUGUCAAGGAAUACAUCGAAUCGCACUUGGCCAUGAUUGAUAAUAUGAAUGGGAAAAGUGUGUCAUCGGUAGCGCCUAAACCAAAGAACAGUCACCGGAAGACUAAAAAAGAUGUUGAACAGAAAACUCCAGAAGAUAAUUUGGAGGAAAAAGUAGUGGAAGAAGGUUUGAACAAUCCCAACGCUAAUGCCAACGAAAUAAUCGAGGACCUAAAGAAGGAAAAAAGAGACACAUACGGCGAUGCAGAAAUAUAUAAUAAUGAUGUACCAAGAACGACAACCUCGCAGCAGUAUGGACGGCUGGCUGAAGCGGUGAGAAAAAUACGAUAUAGACGGGAAAAUGAAAGAAGAAUAAGCCAAAUGUUUGGGAGUACUAAAAGAAAGAGGUCUCCAGAAGGCGAAGAAGAACUUACCAAAGAUAACAAAGGAUUUGAGUCGCCUUUAGUUAUUCAUUACUAGUACUU